AUGGAUCUAGAGCUCAAAUAUUGGUCUCCGUUGUUUAGGUCACAAAUGCACUUAUGCACUCAUCUUGUUAGAGCUGCCGUGGAGUUCCUGAAAGUUCGGGGUCGUUUCAUUUCAGCCGGCUGCUUGUUGUUAGUGCUUUAUUCUUGUCUGACCGUUGACCAUGUCACAAGAGCAGAUUUGUUCUUUUCAAUUCUCUCAAAUUUUCAGGAGAAGAUUCAGUUUAUGGGAUUGUAUCGUCGCUCGUGGUCUGAAGUUCUUGGCACAGAGAUCUCCAGUCCGAGGACACACAAAUUCGACAUGGUUAACAAAAUCCCAGCUCCUUGGGAUGAACAGAAGAAGAACAUGACACUGAAAUCACAAGGCCAAGAACAUCUCUUCUCCAAGGCCACACUGAUGCACUCUGUGAGUUUCAAACAGUGGCGAGGAGGAGAGGAAUCCACAGGUUCAGUUCAGAAUAAGAGCAAACAGAGCUUGGUAAAUGGCAUCCAAGACCGACGCAACUCUGACGCAUUGAGCCCCAAUGUUUCAUCCAGCCCCAAAUGUGAGCUUGAUGCCGCAGCCGUGAAACUUCAAAAGGUUUACAAGAGUUACCGGACCAGGCGAAACCUCGCCGACUGCGCAGUCGUCGUAGAGGAGCUAUGGUGGAAAGCACUGGACUUUGCAUCACUGAAGCACAGCUCGAUAUCGUUCUUCAACGGCGGGAAGCCCGAAACAGCGGCGUCGCGGUGGGCGAGGGCAAGGACAAGAGCGGCUAAGGUUGGCAAGGGGUUAUCUAAGAACGGGAAGGCUCAGAAGCUGGCAUUGCAGCACUGGCUCGAAGCUAUUGACCCUAGGCAUCGAUAUGGGCACAAUUUGCAUAUCUAUUAUGAUGUCUGGUCCAGGAGUGAGAGUACGGAGCCCUUUUUCUAUUGGUUAGACAUUGGGGAGGGCAAAGAAAUAAAUCUUGAGAAUUUCCCUAGGAGUAAACUUCAGGGGCAGUGCGUCAAGUACCUUGGACCACAAGAGAGGCAACACUAUGAAGUUGUUAUUGAGUGUGGCAAACUUAUGUUCCAAGAAACCGGGGUUCUUGUGCACACUUCGGAUGACUCCAAGUGGAUUUUUGUCCUCAGCACCACAAAGGCAUUCUAUGUUGGCCAGAAGAAGAAAGGAUCGUUUCAGCACUCCAGUUUCCUAGCUGGUGGAGCCAUAACAUGUGCUGGACGAUUGGUGGUCAAAGAUGGAAUUCUGAAGGCAAUAUGGCCAUACAGUGGCCACUACCUUCCAACGGAAGACAACUUCAGAGAUUUCAUUCGCUUCCUUGAGGAGAACCACGUUAGCCUCACCGAUGUCAAGAAAUCUGCUAUCGACAAACCUGACGAGUACCCGUUGCUGAGCAACUCUGACAAUCAGCCUGAACAUGUUGAGAAUAACGAGCCAGCAGGUGCCGCUGCUCAAGAUCUGACCGAAGUUGAGAUAGACGGCGUCCUCACUGGCGAGGCAUAUCAUGGAUCGGCCGACCACGGUGACAUGAGCGAUGCUGAGGAAGAUGCCGGCACUCCGGUGGACUCCCACACCACCGACACCGAAGAAGAAGAAGAAGAAGAAGAGGUCAAUAAUAUCUCAGAGCAGCGGCCGCCGGCGAGUGUCGAUCGUAGCAAGAACCAUCAGACGUGCCGGUGGUCGACGGGCACCGGUCCACGCAUCCGGUGCGUGCGCGACUACCAGCAGGACCUCCAGUCCAGGGCCCUCGAGCACGUCAACCUCUCGCCCAGGCUCGCCGGCUCGCCGUCGAGGAAGAGGGACCCGGUGCCCUCGCCGCGCCCCAGCCCGGGGAUGAUACUCUCGCCGAGGCUCGCGUCCGUCGGGUUCCAGCCUCGGACGGUGUCUCUCACGCUCCCAGACUUCAAGAGGAGCAGAUUGCAGUGA